CGGGCACCGCCCCCUGCUCGGGCGGCGGCGGCGGCGGCGCGCGCGGGGCGAUGGCGGACAGCGCCAGCGAGAGCGACACCGACGGCGGCGGCGGCAGCGGCGGCCCCGCGGGGCCGCUGUCCGGGGGCGGCCCGGGAGCGGGGCCCGGCUGCGGGGCGCCGGGCGGCGGCGGCUCCUCGGGGGGCGGCAAGGCGGGCGGGAUCGUGAUCUCGCCGUUCCGGCUGGAAGAGCUGACGAACCGCCUGGCCUCGCUGCAGCAGGAGAACAAGGUGCUGAAGAUCGAGCUGGAGACCUACAAGCUCAAGUGCAAAGCGCUGCAGGAGGAGAACCGCGACCUGCGCAAGGCCAGCGUCACCAUCCAAGCAAGGGCAGAACAGGAAGAGGAAUUCAUCAGUAAUACUCUAUUUAAGAAGAUUCAAGCUCUGCAGAAAGAAAAAGAAACUCUUGCAGUAAACUAUGAAAAGGAAGAGGAAUUCCUCACUAAUGAACUUUCAAGAAAACUGAUGCAGCUGCAACAUGAGAAAGCUGAACUGGAGCAGCAUUUAGAGCAGGAACAGGAAUUUCAAGUGAACAAACUGAUGAAGAAGAUUAAAAAACUGGAAAACGAUACAAUUUCGAAGCAGCUCACCCUGGAGCAGCUAAGACGUGAGAAGAUUGACCUUGAAAAUACUUUGGAACAAGAACAAGAAGCACUAGUGAAUCGUCUCUGGAAGAGAAUGGAUAAACUUGAAGCAGAAAAACGAAUUUUGCAGGAGAAAUUAGACCAGCCAGUAUCUGCUCCACCAUCACCCAGAGACAUAUCAAUGGAAAUAGACUCUCCAGAAAAUAUGAUGAGACAUAUCAGGUUUUUAAAGAAUGAAGUGGAGAGGUUAAAGAAACAACUGAGGGCUGCACAGCUACAGCAUUCAGAGAAGAUGGCACAAUAUUUAGAAGAGGAGAGGCAUAUGAGGGAAGAAAACUUGAGGCUUCAAAGAAAAUUACAGAGGGAAAUGGAACGUAGGGAAGCACUGUGCAGACAACUGUCAGAGAGUGAAUCCAGCUUAGAAAUGGACGAUGAAAGAUAUUUUAAUGAGAUGUCUGCACAAGGAUUAAGACCUCGCACUGUGUCCAGUCCUAUCCCUUAUACACCCUCACCAAGUUCUAGCAGACCUAUAUCACCUGGUCUGUCAUAUGCAAGUCACACAGUUGGUUUCACACCACCAACUUCACUGACUAGAGCUGGAAUGUCUUACUACAAUUCCCCAGGCCUUCAUUUGCAACAUAUGGGACCAUCCCAUGGUAUUACAAGGCCUUCACCACGAAGAAGUAACAGCCCCGACAAAUUUAAACGUCCCACUCCUCCUCCUUCUCCAAACACGCAGACCCCAGUGCAGCCUCCUCCGCCACCACCUCCACCACCUGUGCAACCUUCGGUCCCGCCCGCAGCGUCGCAGGCAGCCAAUUUUCAACAUUCAGUGCAUCCCUCCUCUCAGCCUUAGUGCAUGUGCUCAGCAGUCUGUAUGUCAGAAGUGGACUCAUAACACGGAGCAGUUUACUAAAAGCCAAAGGCUUAACUUGGCAUAUUUGGAUUUGACUUAUUUGCACUGAGGUUAUAUAGGCUUCACUGUUAAUUGUGUUGUAAACGUUUGUAUAAAAUGCAGCCAGUGUUGUGGGUCUACAACACUAACUUAACAAAGUUUUCCAUCAGUGUUUACUUGAACUACAUGUAUGUCCAUUCUCUGGCUGGAACAUUUGCUACUCUGUUUGGUAAUACGGCAUUACGUCGUUUUGCUUGGCUCCAAAGCUUCAUUUUCCUGGCUUUUAGGUUUGUAAAAUUAAAGGGAUACCUUUUUAUAUUUUUUCAUGACAAUUUGCAGAAAAUGAAAGGCAUGAUGGGCUACAUGAUAAAUUCUGAACUAUUACAGUGUUUACCAAGCUUAUGGAAAAUCAGCACUAUGUUUCAGUCAUUUAAGAUAACAGCUUCUAGUGCAAAAGUGAGUCAGAAACCCUAAUCAGUGCCCAAGACACAAACUCUAUUGUGUUACGUAGCAAAUAAGCCUAAUUCAGCACACAGGACACAUCCAUAUUUCUCCUGUUUAAAAGCACCUCAAACGUAUGGUACAGUCAGAAUUUUACACUGAGGGAACUGGCUUGUUGGAGUCUGUGGAAUGUACAAUUCGUGGACCUUAAGAUUUGAUGAUGUCACUUGACAUCUACAUUAACCUGUAAGCUGCCCAUACUGUGUGAGCUGUCACAAUGACCUCGGUAAGUGUGGUCCUGCCCACAGGUUACUGAUUGCUGAUUCAAGUGUGCUCUUUGAUUUUUUUUUUUUUUUUUUUUUGCUGCAGAAGGCAAUGUGAUUGUAGAGAACAACUGAUGAUAAUUUCUUUCUUGUUAAAAUAUAUUAAUUGUGAUUCCCCCGAAGCAAAGUUCCAACAGGUAUUCUAAAUGUUCAAAAGUCUGUUAGAAAUAAGAUGAGCAUAGAGGAAUUUAUUGGCAUAACAGCCAAAACUUUGUAUUGCUUGGUAGAAACAGAGUACAAGAAAGUAGCACAACAUGGCACUAAUGAAUGCUUAUUUAGCAGCCUAAGCCGGUACAAUGUAUAAAGAAAUGUAUUCUGAAUACAUUCUUUCCAUUCAUUUAGCACAAAUAAAUUGGUUUCACUUUGCAGUGGAACAAAGUGUCACUUCUUGAUAUUGACAUCUUACUCGGUUACAUUUUCCCUGAGGUUCCUGUUGAGUACUGAGGUUUAUAUAUUAUUGAUAAUUUUAAGUGGUUUACCUCAUAUAUAUGGAUAUGUGGGCCAUGGAAAAUGACAAGAGAAUGUUUAUUUUAUGAGAAUAUGUAUCUGGCUGUAAUCAGAGCAGAACAUGAGUAAUUUAUCUUUUGUUUACAAAAGUUUGUUUGACAUGCCUAAUGCUUUAUUAAGGACAUUUUUGAGAAGGAAGUACAGCAUUCUGGUAGUAUACUAACACUUGUACAUAUAUUGUCAUGUUUGCCGCUCACCUAUUCAGUCAGGAUUGCAAACUGAAAAUCCUUAUAAAAUUAGUGCAUUAAAUCAAAGUAGUAAGUUAAAAUAAUGUUGUAAAAAUGUUCUGCUUAAGACAAAACUAGGAUUUCUUCACUGUAGCUAUGUAGUUUCAGCUCUGAGAGAAUUUAGAGAAAUGCAUAUAUAGUCUAUUACACUUCUUAAACCAAUAUGGGAUCAAGUGCAUUAUCAAAUUACAGUAAUUACGGUAGUGAUUCCGCAGUCAAGUGAUUCUCAAGAUUGUGGCAGACCUAAAAUUUGACCAAGUGCUUCCAUCUGAAAAUAAUUGACCAUAGCAGAUGCUCACCUUUCCAUAGAGGAAACUCAGCUGUGAGCAGUCUAAUUAAACAGAGCUCCUGAAUCAGUGGUAGGAUUGCAUGUGAGAAGGUGAUAGGCAGUCCGAGGUGGGACGAAGGUCAAGGUAGGAUCGGUUUAGUUUGGCGCUUGUCCUUUUGUAAACAUAAGACGAAUAAAAAAAAAAACCCAGGUUUUUUUAAGUAGGAUUCCAGCUCAAGUAUCACACUAUUUGAAAUGUGCCCUCCUUUCUGAAGUGCUUUGAGAUUCUUGGAUCUAUGGCUCUACGGAGUGCAAGCCCAUGGUGAUGGUAGUACAAAUGUGGGCGGGAGGGGAAGAGCCUUUGACGGUGUUUUAAGAUCUCAAAAUGGAAAAUUGCCUAAAAUAAUUUAUGUUUGAAGCAUAUUCCAAAACUGAAUUUGCAUAACCCAAGUUCAGCUGCUGUUAUAAAGUGUCUUAGUGAACUUUCCUUACUAUUCCAGUGGGACUGUUACCGGAAGAAAGUAAAGAACUGACAAAUGUGUACUGAAUCUUGGAAGUGUAACAAGGCACUUAAUUGGCCUUAUUGAACUAAGAACGUUGAACAAACAUUUGCUUGCAAUCAGAAGUGUUAAACUCUAUUUGUAGACUUUUUGAAUAAGAUGAGAAAUUGUGCACAACCAUCUCCUAAUAAAUGUAAAUGGAUUUUCAGUUUCCCUUGUGAAUUAUAGUCAUGAAUUAUGAUUCCACAACUGUGAUUUUAUUGGAUCUCGUAUAGACUGGAGAAACUCACUUGACAGUGAGGUCCAGCUUACUCUGAGGGCUUGAGUGCUUGGUUUAUCUCAGAAGCACCUGGGUGGGUCUCUGCUGUCCUUUUCCUCAGUGGCAUGCUGCAUCCUCACUAGUUGUGUAAGGCCACAGAAGCAAUUUUAGCUGUGAUGAGCAUUUUGUGAGCCUACCCCUUUACAGCUCAAGAUUAAAAAAAUAAAAUCUACCUUUUAGCUGGUUUAGCAGUGCUUUCCUCUCUGACAAUCAAGCAGCUUUCUUUUUAUAUUUUCUCUCAAGGGAUCUGGCUUGCACACUGGAAUGCAGCUGAUACUCUGUAGAGUGUUAAGAGUGUGUUUUAUCCGCAGUUUGUUCCAGAGAAGUUCUUUGGAAGAAGAGGUGGGACUGUUCGCAGAUAGUUUUCCAGCUAAAAGCCAGAUAAGACUGUUUUAAUUACAUGUACUCUUCUGAGAGCAUAUUCCUGAGGGCAGAAAGUACUAUCAGAGUUUUUCCAGAAGCUGUCAGUGCUUUUCUACUGGCAAUCACUGUAUUGGAGCUGAACAGAAUAGGAUUCCUUUCCUGUAAAAAUGUUUACAUUUAGGAAUCCAGCUGCCUGGGUGGAAUCCCUGUGCACUUCAGCUGAAUGCACAGCAGUCUUGAAUGCAGCGAAAACGAGAAAGCUUCCUGGGAUCUGUGCAACUUGCACUGCUGCCAGGAGACCAUAUAGACUGUGGAUAUUUUGUUAAAAAAAUGGAAGCUGAUCAUGGAGACAAAUAAAAGAGCCUUGGGUAGUUGUCAGUCAAAGGAACACAGUCCUCUCAUCCUCAGUAUUGAUUAUUGCUUGCCAAGAGGAUGCAUCCAGGGACCUUGUUUAAGUUUUGUAGUGCUUUUUCUAAUCCUCAUGCUUAGUUUUACAAGCAGUACGAGUUCUAAUACUGUUCAACUCUUUUGAUGUUUCCUCUUUGUUUCAGUCAUGGCAGUCCAUUUCUUUUUGAUCAUUGGGAGUCUACAGAGCAUGGACUAUGCAGAGCAUAUUUCUCCAGUUCAAGCCAUCUCAUAAGAAACCAGAAGGUUUAUGGGUGUAAGCUAUAAAAUUAUAAUACAUGCAUAUGUUACAGCAACCUCCUUGAGGGGAAAGAUCUCUCCUCCUGAAGAGAGAGCAAACAGAGCCCCUAAUUACCAAAUGGACUGUAUGCAUAGAGACAAUCUGGUUUCCUCAGUUCCCUGAGGAGCUGAAUUCCUCUUUCAGCCCUUUUUUGGAUUCAGAUUAAAAUUUUUAAUAUUUUAACUUUUUUUUUUAAUUUCCACAUCUCACUGUAAUAAAUACUCAGGAUAUCUUCAUGUUCCUUUUGGGUAAUAACCAUUAGUCCCAGUACAAACAGAAGUUGAGUCAUUGCCACUUUGUAGACAGGAGGAAGUCACUGAGUUUGCCAGACUGUGGCCUUUACAAUGCAGUCAUAGUUAAAGAGGAGUGUGUGCUCAUAUAGUGAUUUACAUUUUUUUUAAGCAGCUGGUGCUGGUUUUGGAUUAGAGGUGUGUCCUGGGGAGGAGAUAAACUCUGGAGUUUGGUGCUGCAUUCCAGGCAGCUUCUACUUUAGGGAGAACAGUGCUUGUUCCUACUCAACUAGUUGGGCUCCAAAGAAAAGUACUACCUCAUCUUUAGGUUGGGAUGAUGUGGCUGCAGAGUCAGGAGAAAUGUGUUAGGUUUUGUUCUGCAUGUGUUACCUGGAUAGGAGUCUUUCCUCACUGGAAAGGGGCUCUGGAGGUUAUAAAAUUUUUGUAGAGAAGUGAGGAGUUAGGACAGAUGGUUGAGGGUUGAGUUUGAGAAAACUGUGUGUCCCUGUAGUAAACUGCUGCUCAGAGUACUCUUUGUCUAGGCCUGUACUAAAACUACAUUUGUGUGUGUGUGUGUGCGUGAUUUCCUUUGAAAAAAUGCUGUGUUGCUGUUCUUUAAGUUUAUGGCAUUGCUAUCUAAUUUAAAAAAAAACCCACCAACGAUAACAAAAAACCAACAAAAGGCAAUUCCCCUUUCCACAGAAAUAUUGGAAGUAGUCUUCUAUGUGCAAAGGUGGGUUUUCUCAUGAUAUAACUCAAUGCUGCAUCUAUGAACAGAGAUGUUUUAUUCUAGUGGUAAAACCUAAGCUGUCCGAGGCACUUUAGUUUGUGAUUGCUGACUUUUGUUUUGGCAGGUGUUUCAGAUGAAAUCUAAGCCUCCUGUGGAGGAAGAAAAAAAUCACCUGACAGCUGUAGACUGUUCCUUUCCUGCAGAAAUACAGCAAUUUCCUCAAAUGCAAGUAAAAGUGGAACAAGCAUCCUUGAGCUUUUCUGAAGCUUAUAUUUAAUUUCAGUACCUUGGUACCUUGCUCUUGUAUAUUUAGAGAACCAGUGAAGCCUCAUUAUAGGUUGACUGGGUGUCUAGCUGGUAAUUCCUAUGUUUUUUCUGAUCCUAGUGAAGGAAGCCUGUUCCAAUUUGGAUCAAACAAUGGCCAAAGUUCAGAUUUGUUGAGCAUGAAUCCAAGUGAUGACUUUAAGAGCAUUACACUGUGUUGGUGUGCAUCGGAGCUUAUUGUAAGAACCUCAGAUACAAAGAAGUUUGUUUGUUUUUUUUUAGCAGGUUACAUUUUAUUCCUGUGUUAGCUGUAUUAUUGCUUUUUUGUAUAUCUCAAGGUGUUUACAUAUAUUUGUAAUUGUUAUGAUGUGUCUGUAAUCAAGCUCAUCUGUGCCUUCAUGCAGACUUCCAAUAAACACUUGAUUCUUUUGUAUUUACUUGUA